AUGGUUCCCGUAUAAUAGCUCCACGAUAGCCAAGUUGAUCCAUAUAUAUUGAAAAUGUUUGCGAGAAACCGUAUUCUUGUUAAUUGCUGGUAAAAAAGAGUUUUAGACAAAUUAUAGUACUAUAAGUUAAAUGGAUUAGAUAGGAUAAUAGAAACUUAAAAUAUUGGAUUAAUACCAUGUUCUUUCAAGAGCUUUUUAAUACUAAGAUAUCUCAGAUAAAAAACAUUAGCUAUAAGUGAUUUCUUUGAAACCUUUUAAUAUGAAGCAAUAUAUGCUAUUACUGGAGUUAAUUCUACUUUAAAAGCUUCACAUAAAGCUCCGAGUUGUAAGACUGGGAAUGAUGUUCGAUGUCGAUACUGGUAUGCUUUAACUGCUUAAUAGGAAUCUGUACAAUUAUAUCCACCAAGCUUGACUUACGGAUAUUCUACUCCCUCUUUAUCUUCAUUAUCAUGUUAAAGGAUUAUGCUAUUUAACUAAACUACAUAGUCAGACGAUUUACAAAGCGUGAUUUGCUCAGGAUUAUAUUUUAAUCAAACUCAAAAUUAUUUCUAGAACUUUGCUAGUUCUACAAAAUAGGUUUACUUUUUAGAACCUACACUUGUAAUCACAAAAUGA